GUAGGUACUGUGUGGCCUCUCUGCGGCAACAAGCCGGGAUUGCCUGUGAUCGCCCGAUUUGCGUGCAUACGUAAUACACGCGUUAUUUAUUACAUCGUCUCAUCGCGCUGUAAGGUGACGUGCAAUAUUCAACGCGCAUGAAGGCGUGCACGUUAUUUUUGAGGGAAAAUCAGAUCGAGAGUGGAGUGUUUACAAUGUUGAGUCAAGUAAAAUCUGCAAUGCUGCACGAUGAAUCGAUGUAAUAAACAGUUUUGCGGACAAUGCAAAUAAUAUAAUAACGGAAAUUACUAAACGUUUUCUGUUGAAAACCGCAUACUAUUUCCUAGCGCAAGUCGAGUAGAUGCGCAAUCAGAAAGCGAAUGUCAAAUUUAUAGUUGGUUAGAUUUCCGAGAUUCCAAAAAAAUGUAUCGAAAAUUUAAGUUCGAGAUAGAAUACCUAACGGAGGAACACCUCACGGGCUUUGAAAGUUACAAAUAUAGCUCCUUGGAUACGAGUCCUCUGAGCGUGUAUGUUAUGCACCCUUUUUGGAACAAAGUAGUACAGUAUUGUCCUAAAUGGGUUGCUCCAAAUGUACUAACUUUCUCUGGGUUUCUUUUCACUGUGUUGAACUUUAUGUUAUUUGCAAGUUACGAUUAUUACUUCUAUGCGUCUAGUGAUGACAAACCAGAAUAUCCUCCUAUACCACGGUGGGUCUUUGCUGUGGCCGCUUUUAACAUUUUCAUGGCCUACACGCUUGAUGGAAUAGAUGGAAAGCAGGCACGACGUACACAAACGUCCGGUCCAUUAGGAGAACUAUUUGAUCAUGGUUUAGACAGUUGGACUGCUAUGUUGAUUACUGUGUGCAUGUACUCAGUAUUCGGCAGAACGGAUCACAGCGUUUCACCAAUAAGAAUGUAUUUUAUAUUGUGGAACGUAUUUAUUAACUUCUACCUGAGUCACUGGGAAAAAUAUAACACCGGUGUGUUAUUUUUACCCUGGGGAUACGAUGCUUCCAUGCUAGCAACCGUCAUAGUAUUUACUCUUACCAGCAUAGGUGGACACGAAGCUUGGAAAUUUGAAUUGCCAGGCGGUGUGUCAGCGGGAAUGAUGUUUGAAAUGUUAUUUUAUGUCAGUGCACUUGUGUCCAAUUUGCCAGUCGUUCUUUGGAAUAUAUACAAAUCGUACAGAGAUAAAACUGGCAAAAUGCGAACAUUUCCAGAGGCAAUAAGGCCUUUAGUACCUUUGAUUUUGCUCUUCGCAAUUUCCACACUCUGGAUAUUGCACUCUCCGAGUAACGUCCUAGAAAAGGAUCCAAGAAUAAUAUAUUUUGCGAUUGGCACAAUUUUCUCCAAUAUAUGUUGUCGAUUGAUCGUAUCUCAAAUGAGUAAUACUAGAUGCGAGGUAUUACCUUGGAUAUUAUUGCCAGUAGCGGUGGCCGCUAUUUUCUCGUUUAUCUUACCCAGAGUGGAUCUGGAAUCUAUGUAUUUAGUCUCUGUAGUAGCCGUUUUAGCACAUAUUCAUUAUGGCGCUUGUGUGGUACGUCAAAUGUGUCGCCACUUCCGCAUUCAAACCUUCUCUAUAAAAGAUCAUUCCGAAUGACUACUUGCCGACGAUACAUGUUAAAAACGAAGAAACUACGGUGAAAAUGAGUCGAUAAAAAUUUGCCGGGAAAAGCAAACAGGGAGAAGAGAUCUGACACACAUGUAUGGUUUCGCUAUUAGAGUUCCACUACAGAGUUCAUUACCACGAUAAGACACUUGUCGAGAAUAAAGGAUUUCUAGACUCUCGCGCCUUUUAGGAGAACGUGUGCCGUUCACACGAAUUACUACAGAAAAGUGUUAUCCGCAGAGAUUUGAUAGUAGCAUCCAUUUUCUUUACGCAUUCACUAUCUAAAAGUCACAUCCUCCGAAUCGUUUAUUUCGAUUAUAUUUAAACGAGAGCCAAGUUUUUUAUCCAAACCGGUUCGAUUAAUUUACUGUGAUAUAACUUGAUUAUGCGCAUAACUCUCUCCAAAUGCACCGAUUGGUCUGUAAACGUUCUCUAUUUUGUAUCCCCCUUAAGAACAUUGAGCUUGUGUGUGUACAAAUACUUUUUCUUUGAAUGCUGCCAAACUCAUCAAGCGGUAAACUAAAAAUGCACCUCUUCGUUUUCGACAUGUAUCGUCCCUCGGACGUUAUAUUAAUCGAUGUAUGUACGUACCAAUAAUGGAAUGAUCCAUUUAUCUACUCUCUUCUUCUUUUCUUUUUUCUUCUUUUCUAGUUUGUUUCUUUCGUAUAUUUAGAAAUUACACGAGAAACGUAUAAAUCAUCCAUUGGUAGUUUAUAUAUGUUUCGAUUGUAGAAUAAUCUGUUGUAAAAUACUUUAAAUUGCAUUUAGUGCAAGACGCUACGGCGUGAUGAGUAAGAAAGGAGCGAGUGUAUAUUAUUAUAUCCGUUGAGUGUAUAUUUUGUGUCGAGAUGUAUAUCAAUUAUGUCAUAUAAUCGCAAUGCAAAAUUUCGAUAUGACAAAAUGUAAUAUUGUGGAACAUUGCUAGCAAGUUUUUUUUAAUUUUUCCAUUAUACUUUAAGAUGUAAACUUUUGCACUUGUAGAUACGUUAAAACGAUAUGUUUUCCUUGAACGUGUAAGAUAAAAUAUGUUUAAGAUAUGUUGGAAGAAGUUUAGAUAACAAAGUUUGCUGAGCAUUCAUUUCUUUCAAUGAGAUUAAUAUAUUUCAAGCUUGAACUUUAUUGGACUAUAUACAUAACGUAUUAUGAUGUAACAUUGCGAGCAUUGAAAAAUUUACAUCGUCGAAUAAAAAAUAUUUUUACAAAGUA